AUGUACUUGGAUCAAAAUGGAGACGUAGCAGCAGAUUUGGGGAUCUUGAGUAGAGUGUUUUCUCCCAAGGAGGAUCCCAUCAACAAGGAAUUGGGGAAUUUUGAAGGACAGAGACUUAUGAUCAACCAAGAUGCUUUGUCACAGCUAAGGUUGCUCAACAAGUCUCUGCCUCAGUCUAAAUGUGUGGAAAAAUGUCAUCCAGGAUUUGUGAAGAAGCCUCGGGAAGGAGAGCCAUUUUGCUGCUACGACUGCCUUCCUUGUCCAGAGGGGACCAUCUCAACUCAGGAAGAUACUGAAAAAUGCACCAAAUGCCCAGAUGAUCAAUAUCCAAACAAGAAGAGACUCCAAUGUAUGCCCAAAAGAAUAACCUUCCUGUCCUAUAAUGAACUUCUCAGCAUCAUCCUCAUUUCCUUUGCUCUCCUCCUGUUCCUAACUACAGGAUUCAUUUUAAUCAUAUUCCUUCAAUACCUAGAAACUCCCAUUGUCAAAGCCAACAACCGGGACCUCUCCUUCAUCCUCCUGGUCUCCCUCCUCCUUUGUUUUUUGUCCUCCUUUCUCUUCAUUGGCAGACCAAGGAAAGCCACCUGCCUUCUCCGACAAACAAUGUUCAGCAUCAUCUUCUCAGUAGCCGUGUCUUCUGUGUUGGCCAAAACUCUCAUUGUGGUGCUGGCCUUCCUGGCCACAAAACCAGGGAACAGGAUGGGAAGAUGGUUGGGGAAGAGCUUGACUUACACCAUUAUCUUUUCUUGUUCUGGUAUCCAAAUUUUCAUCUGUGCCAUGACUCCAAAAAGCGGCGGCAAGAUCGUCAGCAAGCGGCGAGAGACAGUGAUCGGAGCGAAGCUCAAUACACACAGUGACAAUGCAGAUUUGACUGGCGAAAGGAGCGAGUGA